AUGGCUCAUGCUAUGAAUGUUAUAGAAUUGCCUGUCUGUCUGAACUGCUGGCGUUGGUUCAAGCUAUGGUGUUCGAAUAUUGCGUACCAGUCACAGACAUGUAGUGGCAGACAGAUGUUCCCGCUUUCGACUGCGAUAGACAUCUUCGACUCUACGGUGGUCAGCUUUGAGUCGGCAUUGCAUGACGAACUAGCCGAUUCUUUCCGCUCCGAGGAGGGAUCCAAGCUGACCUUCCGCUUCAGCGAUGAAGACUGCACCACGCGACGACCUCUUCAAGACCCUCGUAGCAUGUCGCCGGCCAACAGAAGCAUUCAAGUCCACAUCGAUCGACAAGCAGAGACGACUGUACCUUGGAUAGCAAAGCUGUACUUCAAAUUCGAAGCGGAUGUAGAAGGAUAUGUCGAGGAGCUGUGGACUCCUUCGUUUAUGGCGAUCUCUAUGACCGAUACUCUGGACGCCGUGCGCGAUAGGGUCCAGAAACAAGUCAACCUCAAACUCAAACGACAGCAGAGGCUGGGCUCGAAGCAUCGCCUACGACCAAAAAGCAAUCCGCAAGCAGCGGCUGCCGGGCCAUCGACUACAGCUUCUCAACGCAGAGCAGUUCGCGUCGGGUUCAGAACGGUCGUGCACUCGUUCGAUUUUGGAAGCAACAACAGAACAGUGGAUCUCGACGCCGACAACCCCUACGUCAAGCGUGUACGCCUGCUCAUCGAUCUCUUCGAACAUCCCAUUGCAUUUUGUGGAAAGGAUCUGGAGAUCGUGGUCUCCAUCAGUGUCAGCUGGCUCGGUUCCGCACACCAAGAGGAUAUUGUUGAACGCAUUCGUCCAAGGCCGAAACAGUUUCUCUACGCUCGAAUUGGUGACACAGGUGACCAAAUAGGAGACGACGCCAAAGGCGAGGUUCCGAUGGAGUACGCUCUGACGGCGAGACUGGAUGAGAGCAAGCGUCUCCUGGAUCUUCGUGAGCUGGCCGUCUGGAAUUUCGGCGAGUUCUGCGUCGGCGAUCUCACACAAGCCGAAGCCGUGCCUCUACAUCGCGACUAUCAACUGCUUCCCGCAUUUAAGAACGUCAAGACGGUGGCUGAGGUGGGCAAAGUGCUUCGUUCGAGCGAGAUCGCACCUUCGCGAGUGCCAUUACUCCCAUCAAUGAGCCUUGGCUCUUCGAAGUACCCUUCUCCUGCACGCAUGUCUACUGAUGACGGCGAGGCUACGAUUGCUGUGCGCCUGGUCAACCAUCUUCCUGAACCUAGCGCUCAAAACCUCAACCUGGAGAAUGAGAACUGCCAAGUCUGGGUCAACAACGACGACGCCGCAAUUGUUAUCGAACAGCAGGUCGCGGCAUGGCUGAGGGAUCAUCAAGACGAGAAGGGCAACUAUGCAUUCAGGUCAGUCCUCUUUGAUGAUCCUCUCAAGGGCAAUUGGGCGACCGAACUCUGGGCCAUGCCACAGAACUCAACAUCAUUAACGCUAUACAGAUUCGAUGAGGAGAAGGGUUUCUCGGACUUCUUGGACCAGGCGCACGUUGCUGCGGGGGAUUUGAAAGUCUACAUGGAAUGCCACAUCUGGCCAAAAGAUGCAGAGACUUUGAAAGGGCUUUGA